UGCUCUGCGCGCAGCAGCAACGCCGCGCCGCGGCCCCGAUCAGGAAGUGAAUUUGAAGAAAAUAAGCGACUGUGGAGGUAGAAUGACAUAGAGGGGGAGAGGUGGGAGAGAAGCAAGCGGAGAAAGAAGAGACUAACGGAGGGAAGGGAUCGACCCCUGUUUCUGGACCUGUAUUGAGCCGCUUCCCUCUGGGAUACACCGCACCGCCCAACAAAAUGCUCAUAAAGGAAUUUCGAGUGAUUCUCCCUAUCUCUGUGGAAGAGUACCAGGUCGGCCAGCUGUACUCUGUGGCUGAGGCCAGUAAGAAUGAGACGGGCGGAGGAGAAGGAGUGGAGGUGCUAAAAAAUGAGCCCUAUGAGAAAGAUGGAGAGAAGGGACAGUACACACACAAAAUUUACCAUUUGCAGAGUAAAGUGCCGUCAUUCGUCAGAAUGUUGGCUCCAGCAUCAGCUCUCAACAUCCACGAGAAAGCCUGGAACGCAUACCCAUACUGUCGCACAGUCAUCACUAACGAGUAUAUGAAAGAUAACUUCCUGAUCAAGAUUGAGACAUGGCACAAACCUGACUUGGGACACCAGGAAAAUGUACACGGUUUGGAUGCAGAAACCUGGAAGAAAGUGGAUGUAGUCUAUAUUGAUAUUGCGGACAGAACCCAAGUGGAGCCAAAGGACUACAAGUCAGAGGAGGAUCCUUGUAGGUUCAAGUCAGUGAAGACAGGACGAGGCCCUCUAGGACCAGACUGGAGGAAGGAGCUUCCCAACAAGAAAGACUGCCCACACAUGUGUGCCUACAAACUGGUCACUGUCAAAUUCAAGUGGUGGGGCCUGCAAAAUAAAGUGGAGAACUUCAUUCAGAAGCAAGAGAAGCGUUUGUUCACUAACUUCCACCGUCAACUUUUCUGCUGGAUUGACAAGUGGAUUGAUUUGAACAUGGAAGACAUUCGUCGCAUGGAGGAGGAGACACGCAAGGCGCUAGAUGAGAUGAGAGUGAAGGACCCAGUGAAAGGGAUGGUGGCUCUAGAGGACUGAGGUUGUGUCGGACCGUGAAUGCUGCUGCUCAUCAGACCAGUAAACCCAGACACCAGCGGAUUCACAUCCUCCAUCUGUUCCAACUGACACAACAUCUGACCGGCCGGUCCAAACCCCCCUCCCUCGGUACAAUCUGGAUUUCAGGGACCUGGACCCAGUAAACUCCUAGUUUUCAGCUGAUCUCCUCCACCCCAUCCCACCUCCCUCGAGUCCCAUCCGUCUCUAUUUGUUUUUCCAUCCAGCGUCCCCAUCUUAUUAACUGCUCUGAGGCCUCCAGUAGCAACACUAUAGAUCUUGUCAGUCAGUCCUCUUUUUCUCUCUCUCAGUCUGUUCUAAACUACAGAGAAUAGUGUCAUUUAUCUCUGGAUUUUAGGAUUUAUUUCUAUUUAAGAUAUUCCAAUGGUGUAUAUAUACAGUAUACAGUAUAUCGGGGAGCUGAAUAAUUGUAUUGAAAAAUAUAUAUAUACUGUAUAUAUAUAUAUAUAAAUAUAUAUAAACAGGGUUUUUAAAAUGAUUUUGUCUGUAAGUUUGUCUGUGGAUGUUUACUUUUUCCAGACCAAGCUGUAUCUGCUCAGUGUUGCGUUUUGAUCUUCUAUAUUUUUUUCUCUUCUUCUUUUCUUUUUUUUUUUUUUUUUUUUGAUUUGUCACAGUAUCUCCUUCUCUCCAUUUGUGUCAUGCUUUAUGCAGUGUUUCCUUUUGUUGUUCAAAUCCAUCUGCGAGUCUGUACCGCAGCUGCAAGGUUGGGAUUGUGCUGAGAUGCUGAGAGUGUUACAUUGUCUCUGCUCUACUCCUGAUCUACCGGCUAGAUUUUUUUCCCCAGUUCCCCCCCCUCUAAUAUGUUGAGGCAGUCAUUGGCUUUUCUGCUGUUUUAUGACUUUGUGUGUGCGCGCUUCUGUUUGUUUGUGUGUAUAUGUGUGUGUGUGUAUGUGUGUGUUUCUGGAGCAUCUGGUCAUAUUUUUUUCAUUUUUCUUUCACCAGAUCAUCAGUCUGUUCAAAUAGGUUUCUUGAAAGUGAAUUAAAAAUCACUUCUGAAUUCAAAUAUACAGUUAUACACACACAUAUACACACAUACAUACAUACAUACAUACAAAGAAAGAAAGAAAGAAAAUGUUUCACUCUGCAAUGAAAAACACACAGUAGACAACUAGAACAGCCAUACAUGAGUGUAGGACUGUUUUCUUUUUGUCUGACAGUCUUUCCAUCUACAUUCAUCACAUCCUUUCAACUGCAAAUCUAGUUAUCAUGGCUGUGAUUUUAACAAUGGCAGCCAUCAUAUACAACUCCCCCCUCCCCCGUUUGCUGUAGAUAGACGAAUUGCUCUUUAAAAGUCCAUUUCAAUUCUUGCCCUGUCACCCAUUCUGUCACCUCCAGUGGAUAAAUGGUCUUAUCCAGCGAUAGCAAUAACUACCAUGACACGUUGGUCUCUUCUUUAUCAUUACAAAUCUAUCUUACUCUACUGUUUGUUCCUGUCGUGAGAACAGAUUCAGUAAAGCAGAGCCCAAGCUGAAAGUCAAGGAUGGUUAAGUUGUUGAUUAAUUAUUUAUUAAAUGCUGGUUUUAUUGUGUCCAUCUUUGGAUGAGACAGGUUUUCUCCCGCUGGAAUCUGAAGUCUGUUGUUUGUAAUGGUGUGGUUUUUCGGUAUAUGCAUGAGUGUACAUGAGUGAUGUAUAGUAGCGUGUCUGUGAAGAGAUCUAAUGCUGGCUGGGUAAUGAGGGGAGGAAGUGAAGGAACUAUAGGAGCAAUAAAAGCAGGCACUUAUGUUCCUUCUUCCUCUUGUUGAUGUCUGUCUGGCCUCCUUUUUCCUCAGUUACAUUUAUUAUCCGCUUUUCUAUCUUCAUCUUUUAACAGCAUGGAAACUUUAUAGAGCAAGCAACAGAUAAUGUCAAAAGAUCAAUACUGUACCAUCAUGUUGAUUUCACCCCAAAUUAAUACAUUAUGAUGACAAAAAUAUGGCCAAAGACUGCCGUCACAAGAAGUAGAUAAUUACAAUUCUCCUUUAUUAAGCACUUAAAAUACAGGGAUUGAAUUAAUAAGAGAUCCAUAUCUAGAUUUUUGCAUAGAAGAUGUCAAAAGCAGACAUUUUGCACUAAUUAAUUAAUAUUAAAUAAUUUUAAGUUAUGAGCAAUAGAUUAAAUAUAGCUUUAUUGCUUGUAUUAAUUAGUAGAGUGGAAAACAGGAGGAAAUACCAUUUUAUAUGAUAGGACAUCCAAAUAUAUAAUUGUAAUUAAUAAAAUAAUAGAAUUUAAUCAAAUGAAAUAACAUGAUUUUACACAAUUCUAUUAUUAUAAAACAUAAUCAUACAUACGAUCAUAAAAAGGAAGCAUUGGCCUAAUAUUCAAGCAAUUAUUUUUAAUUUUCAUUACCUUUUAACACUUUAUUGGUGUGACCGGAGUAGCAACUGUAGCUUCUCCACAAUUACUUAGGUCAGUCUGGAGCAGAAUUACAGUUACAGAGUUAUUCAUGAAUCUCAUGAUGUAACAGAGCUAAGCCAAUAAUUAAUGGUUAAAUAAAUUAUAUCUUUAUUUAUUUGUUAUAGUUCACCAUAACCCUGAGUUGCUCAUAGAGCUGGGGUGUUUGGAGAGCAGCAGUGACAUUACAUUAAUUACAGUCACAUUACCGUGACAGUCACAUCAAUUUGACAUAGUUCCUAAAAAUGCAGAUGAUUUCCAACAGUUGUGUUCAUGUACACUACUAUUAAAGAGAAGGUCCAUUUUACUCCAGCUCAUUAAUUCAGUUUGUUCAGACUUAGAACAAAUCUACGUAGUUAGAGUUGGUCAUCCAGCCAGAGUCAGUUGUCUAUAUUCUUGUUUUACCUUCAUGACAUUUAACACCGAAAUGCAGAACUUAAAUGAUCCUAAACAUGAUAAUGAUAAGCAGGAUUGUAUUGGAGCAGCAUCAUCGUGCAAUCAUUAUCCUAUUUAAUAUGGUCUGUCUUAUAAGCCCAAGCACAGUAGCAAAUAAAUCCAAAUUCAAACUUGUGCUUCUGGCUUUAAGGAUACAAAGGUGAAACUUCCUUUAUAACUUCAUCAGCAGUAAUAUGUUUCCAUCCUGUGACUUUUUUUUUUCUUCCAUAUCUUUGUAUACCUGUGCGAUUAAAUUUAUAAACCCAUCAUUGCGAGACAUUUUCUGUUGCGUCCUCUUUAAAGAAAACACUGGCUCUGGAUGUGGGACCCCUCCACCUCUCUCUGUGUCCAUCAAGCAUCUCACUCGCUGUCUGUGAUGGGGCUACCAACUGAACCAUGGAGAUUUGUGGAUGUACUGUAUAUGUAUUGACUCUGUAAAUAGUAAAUAAAUUAAUGUAGAUGAACACAUAUAUAUAGAUCAGACUGUCCUGCCAAACCUACAGCACACCCUCUCGACACAUGAUCCUCUUAUUGCGUCGCUAAAUCUUCAGCAUCACACCGACCACCAAUUUGCUCUCACAGGAGGUAUUGAAUGUAGAGUUCUUGUUGCUGAAAUUUAGACAUUUAAAAACGUGUUCUUACAUAUUGUUAUGGAUGAUUUUGCUGCAGAUUUUAAGAUGCUCCAGCAAAGUUGUGGAUGUUUUUUCAGUACGGUAUCAGUCAGAUAUCCUGAAAGCAGUGAAGAGCUAAGUUGUAGUGUGGUUUGUAGUUCUGAGUUAGGGAGAAAAAAACAUUAAAAGCGAAGCAAAAACCCUGUUCUUCCUCACGAUUUCCUCUCCUUCUCACGUUCUUCCCUGACAGGGACCACGUCUCAUUGGCAGGACAGUGUAUAAAUAUAUAUUUUUGUUCUAAAUGUUGUUGUACCUCUGUUGUCAGUCUCUGAACAACACUCGCUUCUCUCACUGAAAAGGAACCUAAAACGGCAGCUUGGGUCAGUUCACUGAUCCACAUAAUUGGCUGAUGGUGUCGGCCCAAUGUGAAGCCUCGGUGCAAGUUCAAUUUUGCCCUCCCGUGGUUAGUGAUAGGGGGCAAAUUAUUCUACAUUUAGGAGCAGCUUCAGCCAGGUGCUGGAGGGUUGGAGUUUACAGCUACACAGAAACAAAAAGCAAGGACAAUUAGAUGUGGUUGUUUAAAAAACAUACAUAGGUCCAUUUAAAGAGCCUGAAGAUACCAUACAAACAUGUGAGAGAACAUGGUUUAACAGAGACAAUCUCAUAGAUAUCUGUUGUUAGAUUCCUCGAUUUAUAAUCAGAAUAUGAAACCAAAUGAGUCCACAAUCCCCAACUGUUUUUAAAGCGUUAAAUCUCUCUCUGUCUCUCUCUUACUCUCUCUCUCUCACUCCUGUUAACUUGUCUCCUGUUUUUCUUUCUUUUAUUGUGAAUUUGUGCCUUUUUGUCAUCUUAUCUUCCAAUAACACUACUGUACAUUGGAGACAUAAAGAAAUUAAUAAAAGGAAGCAAAGCAACUGUACAUAA